AUGCGUAUCGGCCAUGUUGCUAGUGGGGUCAACAGCACACGGCGAUUGGCUGCCAAAGAAUUGGUGAAGCUGUUCCAGUUGCUGCAUGGAGAAACCUGGGACAGGGCUGGCUUCGGUGUCAUCUUGCGAAGCGCGUGGCUCGCGGCUAGGAGGGCGACCCCCAUUCUGCUCAUUGCGAGACUCGCGAUUGUGACGACGAUUGGGCCUUUCAGACUGCUUAUCAUGGGUUGGCCAUCCGAUAAGCUCGAAGCAAGUUUCCCUGAGAUGCCCACCCUUAAGACAGUGUGUGCAAUGAAGCCUCUCACGAUCUCCUCGCUCGCAUUCACCAUUCCCACGAUCGCGCGAAGGACGAAGGACGAGACCCACUGGAGCCCCGUUCGAGCUGUCCGCGAUCAGACUGUUGAAGGGUGGCGAAAGCGACUGCUUCAGGCACCGGUCUCCGCUUUUGAGUGA